AUGGGUUUUAGAGCGGACAGACAACAACUGCUGUUCCCGCAUCCCAGUCCCCAUGACAAGAUCAGAGCAUUGGCAGGCAGCCAGGAUGAUGAAUCGCGUCCUCUCAGGUCCAAAGGCCUUCUCCCUGCCAUCGGCGUGGGCGCGGCAGUCUACUGGAUCACAGGGAUCGCCUCCAUGACUACACUGGGCCUGGUCGGAAUUGGUGCCGGAGUUGGCUACGGCGUUGGCAGCUGGAUUGCCGACAAGAUGCAGAAGAAAGGCGAUGGCCAGAACAAGGUGCAGAUGGAUCAACUGCCAUGGGCCGUCCAGGUUGCGCUGCAGAACUGGCAGGAGUUUUUGAUGCGCCAGGCUGCUGGCAGGCAACUGUCCCCAGCUGACGUGGACGCGAUCUGGGCCCAAUUCGAGCAGUAUGAACCUACGCAUGCUGCCAAUGCGCGUGCUCUGGUGCGCGGAUCCAGUGCGCCGCAGCCUCACGCCGAACCUUUGUCUGGCACGCAUCAAUGGCCCAAGCAUGAGUGA